AUGGACCGCGACACCAUCGUAGCUUUUACCGCCGACCGCGGGAUAUCUACGUCUUACGAUGUGACAAUAGGAAUCCGACCAGACUGUCCUCUCGCACUGGCAUUUUUCAUUCUGGCAGCUGGUGUUCUGUAUGAGCUCAUCGCAUCGAACAAUCAGUUGCGCGCUUCGUUUGCUUCGUCGCAUGCAUCCGAUUCUCUUGCGCCACUGCAUACUCCAUCUCUGAGAGCAGCGUACGCAUCUGUGACGCUACUUUUGCUUUUGCCAUAUGGAAGCGCCUUGCUUCAGAUUACCACUUGUCGAUACAAAUCGGCUACAGUAAUUCUUUUGGCGUUCAAUCACUUCGUAUCUCCGAAAUUUAGCUAA